GUCAUUUGAAGAGGUCCUCACAUCAUCUCAGCACAUUGGUCAUUUCAGACAGUUCCUGCAGGAGCACAAUGCGGACGGAGCGCUGCUCUUCAUACAGGAAGCAGAAUCUCUGCGCACCGUCGAACCCAAACGACAGAAGGCCAAAAUCCGCGCCAUUGUAGACAAAUUCUUUCGGCGACAAGAUUCCGUGGAGUACCUGCAGUGCAGCGCUGACAUAAUCAGCAGUGUGCCGCAGAUGGACACGGUUCCUCCAGAGGUCAUCUUCACCAUUCAGCAUCUGGUUGCCAAGUCACUGGAGGCCACAUGGUUCAAACAGUAUCAGGAAACAUUUUAUUCUUGUUCCCCCGUUUCAUCUGAAUCGAAUCUGAGAGGUCCGCUGCUGCUGUACAAACUGAAAACGAACGCGUGGACGGCUUUCAGCAGCUUCAUCCGCAGUGUGACGAAGUUUCUGUCUGCCCUAGAGGACCGUGACUUCAGGACUGAGUUUGAAGACUAUCUGAUACACGAUUACAAGCACUUCUCACAGCCUUGCGCUGUUCGCUCCAAAGCCCAGCAGUCCUCCGAUAUCAGCAGUGACGGAGAGAAGUUUAAACCCAAGAUGCGAAGCAUUAUCAACAAAACGGUUAUAGCAGACUUCUUAGUCAAUGACCUUUCCUUCUACAUGGAGUGUGAGAGGUUCAGGCAUUUGGCAGACGCCGGUGAUAUAAUGGCAUCAGAAGGCAUGUAUAGUGAGAAUGAUUAUGCCAUGCUUCACCAGAAAGCUGAGCUGAUCAUCAACAUAUUUCUCCACUCAAAUCUCUCUUCAAAGCUCAUGAUCAACACCAGUGAGGCUCAGAAAGACGGCAUACUGCAGCGCUUUGCUUCUGGGAAGGUGGACCGAACUCUCUUCUAUCCAGCUAUGAUGGAUGUGUUUCCAGUUCUCAUCUUCUGCUGGAAAAAGUUUUGUUGUCUGAAGGUGAUGAAGCAUCUGUACCCCGCUGAAGCACUGAGGAAUCAGAAAGCGUCCUCUCGUCUGCAGGAACAGCAUCCUUUUAACCUCCUGCGGAAGAUAAAGACGGUCAGAUCCAGUGAAGUUAAAGAUGCCAUCCUGCGCUUCUCCACCCAACACGGCGUCAUACUGCUGCUGCCACAGACACCGCACGACCGCACACCUGCUUCCCAGCAGCCCUCAGCCCGAUGAAUGACAUUAAACAACUUCAGUUCAGACUGAUGCUCUUCAUGCUUGUGUGUAAG